AUGAAGUUUCAAAUGCCGUCAGGCGGAAGCCUCGGACGGACAAAAAACAUACUACAUUUCAUACAAGGAUUCACGAUCUUCCUCGCAUGGGCCUUAACCAUCGCUAUCUGGACUAAAGGCGACGGCAUCGAUGGACGCACAGGCUGGUACUGGGGUCUGUGCUGGCUGAGUAUCCCCGGCCUGAUCUACCUGGUGGCAGUGCCGAUGUGGCCACGAGCCCGACGCUUCGGUAACGUCUAUGCCUUCGCCAGUGUCGAUAUCCUCUAUUCGAUUCUCUGGCUCAGUGCUUGGAUCUGUCUCGCUUCCUACGUCGCUCAAGGAAAGUCCAAGGGUUCGAGCAGUGACAAAGACAAGUCCAGCUCCGACUCCAAGCCCACCACAAGGAGAGCUGAAGCGGACAAUGACAAGAGCACCAAGACUGGAUGCGAUAAUUGGGCGUACGGAAGCGCUUCCAAGUGCAAGCUGAGCGAGGCAACGACCAUUAUCGGUGUUUUCAUCUUCGUGCUCUUCGCCAUCACCGCCUGGAUGUCCUUCCGCAACGUGAUGCACUUCCGCCGCACCGGCACCCUACCCGACGCCGUCUCCGAUCCCACUUUCGCCGCGCAGAGCAAAGCCGCGUUCUCGUCGAACCCAGCCCACGACUUCGAGGAGGAUGACGAUGACAUCCGCUCCGGCCGAGGCGGCGGCAUGGGCGCCUCGUCCCGCGGCGACCGGGAUGAGGAUUAUGCCCUUCUGCACCAGAGUGAGGUGGAUGACCUGAGCAACGCACACGGCCGGACCGCGAUGCAAGGCUCUUACGAUCCCACGGCUCCCGCGCCCGGAGGCAUGCUCCAUGAUUACAACAACACUGGCUAUGGUGGUGCGCAUGGCCAGCACUAUGCGGAGCCGUCUACUCAGUACAAUCCGUCGGAUUACACCCCGUCCGAGUACACUGCUCCCACUGGGUUUGGCGGCUCAUCGGUGAGUGGCUACGGAAGACGGCCGAGUUGA